CAAAUCAUCUCAGAAUUUCUGUUGCACAGAUUCAGGUCCCCGUGAUUUGACGUUGACAUAUUUGUUUGGAGGUCCCUAUAGCAACCAUCUAAAACGUUCGUACGCCACAGGACCAUGGACGAAUUUCAAUUAUCUGAAGAGACUGCAUUUGUCGUUGAUGAUAUAACUACAAUCAUAAAAGAUACUGUGGAGACAACUAUUGGAAGCAGUGCCUAUCAACAAAAUCGAAUUAACCAAUGGACAUCCAGUGUGGUGGAAACAAGUCUGAAUCAACUGUCCAAACUAGGAAAACCCUUUAAAUACAUAGUGACUUGCAUCAUACUGCAGAAAAAUGGAGCAGGCCUGCACACUGCCAGCUCUUGCUUCUGGGACAACACUAUGGACAGAAGCUGUACGGUGAGAUGGGAGAACAAAACCACGUACUGUAUAGUCUGUGUCUUUGGGUUGGCUGUCUGACUUGAACAACCACCAUCUUCUAUCUUCCCCUGUUUUGUAAUCAGACAUUUUCCCAACCCCAGUGAAACCAGUCUAAUAAAUGUAGCCCUUGGUUUUGAACACAACUGGUCAAUCAUUGAAUACACCUGUCUUAUUCCUUAUCACGUUAAGCGGUUUAGCUAAAUUCAACAAGAAGUUAAAAAGACAU